UGGAAAGGGUGUUGGUUAGAUUAGAUUAUUAAAGGUAUGACCAUAAGGAAACCGUUAAUUUCUCAUCUCUGAAAAUUCCUCUUUUUGUAUCAAUUCCUUUAAUUGGACUUUCACUGUUAUCUUUUUUCCUCCUUUGUUCUUAUUCAAAUUUUACUGUUCAGAGUUGCCUUCUUCUCCUGCCUCUGCUCCUGCCUUUCUUGAAUGAGUCUUUUAUUCCACGGGCCUUUACCGGCAUCAUCUCUCAAAACAAUGAAUACUAUUCCAACCUGCUUCUUCAAAUCCAAUAAGCUCCUUCUCCUUUUACAAAAAUUGACGAAAAGGGUUGUCUCAUAGAGAGAGAUACAGAGAGUGAAACAGAGGAUAAAAUUGAUUGCAAUCAAAGGGUUGGGCGAUGCAAGAAUGGGUGAAAGUUACAGUGGCAGCAUCGUCUGCUGCAGUUGCUAUAAUCGUCUUGAUCGUGUUCAUAUGGAGAUUCUGUUAUUCCAGAAGACUUACUCGGAUUACAGAUACAACGAAGACAAGAGGGCAGAACUUACAAUCAGGGAUUGCGAAGCUUCACCAGGUAAGUGAAUCCAGGGACCGCAAGACUCUCCAUGGUUUUCAUCAUCCAGACAGCAAGGGAAGGGCAAAUUUCUCUAAGUUCCGACAUGGGGUUUUGUCGAAGCCAGCCUUCAGUUGGGCUGAUCAUCCUUGGCUUGUUUCAGAGGCCUUAGAGUAUGGCUGGUCUAGAUUUGCCUUCACGGCCCAAACUUCAUCUCCUUCGACUCGACCGAGCCUGUUGGGUUUAUGCGCUGCUGGUGAUCAGGGACGAGAAACAGAGGCGUUUAUUAGCUGGGAAGUGAGUCCAGGGUCGGUAGACUACACGCAGAAGAUCAGGUUCAAUCCAGGAAUGAAGAAGAUCGAUAUGGGUAUCCCUCCUUUGGGUGCUUCAUGCGUUAUCAAGUCUGCGCUGCCCUUGCCAGGACCUACCUUGGGAAGUAUUAGCUCCUUCCCUCAAGAAGCUUAUCUCGAAAUCACCAUCUUGUCUUCUCUUUCAGAGGAGGAAAUCGACUCUAUCCAUAGCGUUAAGAGAAGCUCUGGUGAAGGCGAGCUGAAGAAACUCAUUCCACCGACUGCUAAUGCUAGUGCUCAAUCGGAUUCAUUAAUCCAUGUUGCAGGAACCAAUGGAAGUGCCAGAUUCCAAGAAUUGAAACUACGGAUUAAGGAAGGAGCAAAGCAGGAGGAGCCGGUGAUAUGGUCGGUGGGGCUCAGCGGAGGUGGGUAUCCCCCACGGAAACUCCCCGGAACCUUUCCUGGAUCCAUUGGAUUCAACUCCAAUGGUUCUGUUUUCCUUGAUGGAAAUAAGCUCAUCUAUGAAUCUGAUAAGCCAGAAUUGGAAAGCAGAGACAAGGUGAUCGGUUGCGGUUUUGAUCCAUCUCAGAAGAAGGUGUUCUUCACUGUGGAUUCAGAAUUGGUGCACGAAAUCCAUUGCAAAGCGGAGGAAUUCGGGAACCCACUUUACCCGACUCUAGCUGCGAAUGUAGACAUUACAGUUUUGAUAAAUUUUGGACAGACUGCUUUCAAGUAUUUGCCGGCAAAUGCGCAGAGAACUUCAAAUCCAUGUUUCAUUGACCCUCUUGCUAAUGGUUCUACAGCUUCUGUGGGCGAUGACGAUAGCCGAGAGUUCUUUUCCAUAGGAAGGAUUGACCCUCAAUGGCUUAAUCGAAAUAACACCAAGACCAACAACAACAAUGGUGAUAACAUUUCAAUAGAUCUCGACGGGGAAUCUGAAGCUGAAUUAUUCGAAAUAGUUUUGGAUAGCUCAAGCAGAUCAGGCACAGUAAUGAGUUAAUGCUGGGACAUAAUGAUUUUACAAGGUCAUGAACCAGCGACCUUAAAUUAUCAAAUCCAAUUUAGCUUGAAUCAUGAACUAUAUACUUCAGAUUCUGCUACACUGGUGUUGGUUUAGAUGUUGUCCAAAUCCAAGAAUGCAGCCAAUUUUUUCUGUCAAUUACAAGGAUUCAACAAGUUCUGAGGGGAAAAAAAAAAAAAAACUUCCAUCUUUCUCUGAGGUCAAGAGCUGCUACAGUUGAUUCGAUGACUGGCUUCAAGUUUUAUUAAUUUCCCAGACAGAUACAAAUUCAAGUUGUUUGAGGAUUGCCGGCAGAUUUUGACUCUCCUUGUUUAUUUAGGUUUCAAUUUUGUAUAUAUUUUAGAUGUUUAUUACUGAUCAAGUUGUAGACUUGUAAUUCUAUUUUCAAUACUUGAAUAUUGUAAUGCAAUCACAAGAUACAACAUU